UUCUAAUGCAACAUAUCGGAAAAUGUGCUUGCUGAUUGACUCAGAAAAAUACACAAGUAUAAUCAAGGCAGUAUUUAAACUCGAUUCUCAUUCUGUACAAUAGCGAUGUCUCAAGUCGAACAGGUGUGAAAACUACUCCAAAAUGCAUCUUCAUUUCGAGCGUAAUGUUAACGCUAAAUGCGAUUGUACUAUACUGUCGUUGUCGUGGAUGGGAAAGGUGCCCGACGAGUUGCCCGAGGAGGAAGGAUGGAAGCUGAAUCGUAACAAUUACUACCAAGAGGGUUGGUUGGCGACGGGCAACGUGCGUGGAGUAGUCGGCGUUACUUUCACGUCUUCACACGCGAGACGGCCACACGAACUGCCUUUGCGUACAAACUACAAUCUACGCGGACAUAGAUCUGAUGUAAUUCUGGUGAAAUGGAACGAGCCGUACCAGAAGUUGGCAUCGUGCGACAGUUCAGGAGUGAUCUUCGUGUGGAUCAAGUACGAGGGUCGCUGGAGCAUCGAGCUUAUAAAUGACAGGAGCACACCUGUCACUCAUUUCUCCUGGUCCCAUGAUGGUAGGAUGGCACUUAUUUGUUAUCAGGAUGGCUUCGUGUUAGUGGGAUCAGUGGCGGGUCAACGAUACUGGUCAUCGAUGCUGUCGCUAGAUGCGAGGAUCACAUGCGGCUGCUGGACACCUGACGACGGCCAAGUGUAUCUCGGCACCGCCUCCGCUCAGCUCGUCGUCAUGGACGUGCACGGUGCCAUGGUGUCACAGGUGCAAUUGGUAGCUGAAGGAGGGAUAACGUCGAUGGCAUGGUCUUGCGAGAAGUUCAAGAUGGAAGAAGGCGAGGAGGGGAGCGAAAGCAGCGGUGGCCACGUGCUGGCCGUUGCGUUGGGCAACGGCGAGAUAGUGUUGCUGCAUGGCCACGAUGACGUUAGCCCAGUGCGUGUGACUACUGGUCUCAGAGGCAACACACUGGCCAUGGAGUGGGCUAAUUCACGGGAGCUGCUCGCAGUUGCGGGGACGUUGAACGCAGAACCCAACGAGGCUGCAGACGCGCCUCCGUUUAACAAUGUGGUCAAGUUCUACUCGGACACGGGGGCGCUCAUAUACACUGUUCCGAUACCAUACACGCAGGCUCGAGUAAGUGCUCUGACGUGGGGUCACGCGGCGAGGCGGCUGUUCGUGGGCGUGGGCGGCGCGGUGUGUACGGCGCGAGUGUGGCGUGCGGUGGCGCCACUGCAGUUGCUGGCGCGCGUGCGGGCCGCGCAAGCGCUGCGACACGCGCGCCUCGCCGCUGCCCUGCCUCUCCCUCCCCGUCUCCAGCCUGCUCUCGCCAGCCUCUUCGCACAUACAAUACGGUGCAACGUGCCUGAGGCGAGCGAGCUGCGGCGGUUCGUGUCGCGUCCCCCGGGCGGGCGACUGCACUGCACUAUGCUGCGACACGACGACGAGGAGGCGGGAGCAUACACGCUCUACCUGGAGCACCUCGGCGGCCUCGUGCCACUGCUCAAAGGCCGUCGCACCAGCAAGAUACGCCCCGAGUUCGUCAUAUUCGAUCCACAGGCUGAAGUGUGCACUGAUGUCGCUGCGGGCGCAGUGAGCAGCAGCAGCAGCAGCAGCAGCGGCGCGGGGCUGGCGGGCGGCUCCCCCGCGCCCCGCACGCCUCGCCCCGCGCCCCCCACACCCCGCACCCGCACCCUGCCCGUGCAUCACUCCUCCUGCUCCUCUGACAGCGAGAGAGAAGACGGUUGUACAGGAUCUCCCAGACUACAACGUCGCAGGCGCGCUCGAGAGAGGCGCAAGGCCAGGAAAUCCGGAGAAAAGGACGACCCGCCUGACGAACUCGCGUAUAUUGACUCCUUGCCUGAGGAUGUUCGUUUAGUUGAAGUCACAUCGAAUAUUUGGGGCACCAAAUUUAAAAUGCACGGGCUGGCUAAAAAUGUUCCUGCAAACUUAGGUCAAGUCACUUACAAAACGUCUUUGCUUCAUUUGCAACCGAGACAAAUGACACUAAUGAUAACCGAAUUACGGGACGACUAUCCCCUAGAUCCCGAUCCUAAUUUUAACCCAAACAUAUUUUCCGAAGACGAGGAAGAAGUUUUUCAAUCAAAUGACUCGAGUUCGCCUUCCCAUACAAAUAAUAACAUUAGGCGUAAAUUAACUAUCAACGACCGAAUCAAUAAUUCAAAUAAUGUUAUAUCUCAAAAUGAAACCUAUUCUAGUAAUAACAAUAACUCGAACCCGUCUAUAGCGCGAGCGGAAUCGUACGACGAAUUCCCAUACAUAGAUACAAAUGAUUCCGUCAACAACGUGUCGGAGAGCGUGUACUCGACGCCUUUACGGCACCCGGCGCCGGCGCCGGCGCCCGAACGGCGAAUGAACAACGCGGCGGCGGUCUCCAACCGGCAUGCAAUCUCCCCGCUCAGAUGCGAGAGCUCAGUUCCUACCCUACAGUCCCCAAAGAACGCUGUCGCACCGACAGAUAUCAUUUUCGAAAGACCUUCCCCGCAAACGGUAACUUGCGGAGGUCGCGGAGAUUUCUGCGGCGGCAGAACGGAUUACAGUGUUCGCAGUGAUAACGUUACCCUAAAAAAUAAUAUGCCAAGCAUCGAACAACAAUCCUUCAAUUUAAACCUUAGCGUAGAACCGAGUAGGCAAGUUACAAUCAAAAAAUGCGAUAGCCACGUUUCGGACAACUGUCUCUCCAAGUUGCGCAAAAACAUUUGCAACAGGGGUGAAUCGGCGUCAUUUGAAGUUAAUACUAGAAUACUGAAAUCUUUGUGUAAUAAAAACUUCGAGCACGAGGUUCACCCGGACGCCAUGACGCGGCGCGCGGAUAACAUAAAAAAUCUUCAAAAGGGUGAAGAUUUAAAAUUCAUCGACGAGGAAACACCCAUAGAAACCAUGAUAAACAAUUUGAGCGAGAGACCUCGGGAGAUGAGGGUGCAGAGAACGACGACGGUGGUACCCAUCAGCCCGGUGUGCGCCAGCGUGCCCGUCUACGACACGAUGACGCGCAGCUGCAGCGUAGGCUACCUGGAUCUCGUCGAUCCUCAAGUGCUGCGCGCUCACAGCAUCACCACCCUGCGUGGCGAGCAGCCCCGGAGACUAGUCUUGGUGAAUAACAAACGCCACAGAAGAGCGAGGCGACACUUUCGGGCGAACGACAUCAAGCAAAUGGAAACUAAAACGCCUAGCUUAAAGAAAUGUGGGAAAUCUCGGAGUCUCGAUUCCGGCGAGCUAUCGAUAACGGUGGAGAAGUGUAAGAGACAGUCCCGGGCCGACAGUAACCAGAGGAGCGAGGCGGCGUCGGCUCACUCGAGCAGCCGCUGCACCAGCACGGGGGAAGACAACAGCGGCACGAGCACGGAGGAGGGCGGGGCAGGGGUUAGGGGGCGGCGCACGCGGCGCGACUACCCGGUGUGCACGCAAUGUCGCCUCGUGUCGCCGUACGACCGGCGCGACGUGGACGCCGCCACCUACAUAUGCGUGGCGUGCAGCUCGCGUGCCGCCGCCCCACCCUCGCCUGCGCCACCGCCCGCACCCGUGCUCGCCACCGAUAGCGACUCCGACUACAGCAAGUAUUAUAGUUCACUAGAGCAAUUGGCGCUGCGGCUCCUGGCCGCUAGAGGUCGCGGUGUGCGUGGGGGCGGGAGCGGUGGUGGGGGAGGGGCGCGCGAGGUGAGCUCUGCGCCCGCAUCGCCCCGCCCCCAGCGGCCGCCGCGCGCGCAGCCCGCUACCGCAUCCGCCGCCUCACCUGCCUCGCCCGCCUCCCCGGCCAGCACCCGACGCACGCGGUACUCCUCGGCCUCGCCUAUACGACAACUGCUGAACUCUCCACUGCUGAACCGGCGACGCAACAAGAAGCCGUCGGAGAGCUCGGACGACGAGUUCUCCAACGGCUACAGCGAGGUCAACGGCAAGAACUACAGAGACCUCGAGAGCUUCCAGAAGGCACAGCUCAGGAACAAGCUGAAGCGUGCGGGGGGCGUGCCGUCGAGUGCGGGGGGCGGGGCCGGUGUUGGCGGAAGUGGGGGCGCGGGGAGCGGUGCGGGCGGUCAGGCGCGCCGGCAGCUGCUGAUGCACAACAAGGCUCCCAUGUGGAAUGAGAACAGUCAGGUGUACCAGCUCGACUUUGGCGGCCGCGUCACACAAGAAUCCGCCAAGAACUUCCAGAUCGAGUACCACGGGAAACAGGUGAUGCAGUUCGGUCGCAUCGACGGCAACGCGUACACUUUGGACUUCCAGUACCCAUUUUCCGCACUGCAAGCGUUCGCUGUCGCGCUGGCAAACGUCACCCAGCGCCUCAAGUAGACUACCGUCUAGCCGUAAUGUAGCUUAGAUCCCUUUUCCACUGAACUAAUAGUCGGGCGACUGCCGCGACAAUGGAAAAAGGGUCUUAAGAAACCACGAGUAGUAUAGCUAAUAACUUCUUGAUGGCCCAAUAAAUGUUGAAUACAAAUAAAAAAAGAUAUAAUCAAGCCUAGCACUACAUUGCAUAUAAUUCUGCUGCAUAAACUUCACAAGCUAUAUACUCAUAAUUAAUAAUAAUAGUUGGGCCUCAGAAGUGUAUAGGAAAUAAUAUUAAUAGUAAUAAAUAACAGAUGUAAUACAUUACUGGAAUAUGCUUUACAGUCGUGUCAACGGCGGACACCCAUCCAAGUAUUUUUACACAAACUUUAGAUAGGUAGCUUUGUAUAUUCAAUUGAGAUCGGAAUAAAGACAUACAAAAUAAUAUUAAGACAAUGAAACAUCCAAACCUAACCUAACCUAAAAAUAUGACAGAAUGAAACUAAGGAAAUAAAGUUAAAAUAAUGCCUUACCAAUAGUACACAAAUAUUGCAACCGUAUUUAUUGGAAUAGAUUAUAAAUAUUAAAGACUUUCACAUCAAAUUGUCACUCGUAAACUAAACUAGGGGCUAUCCUAGAAUAGGAAGUCUAGUCAGUUUGAAGAAAUAAGUUAAUUUUUAUUUCAAUUAUAACUAAUAUUUCGCAAAUUACGACUAAUUUUGUCUAGCAUCAAUCAUUAUAAUGUGUAACAUUGUCUGAGCAGUAACUUCCAAGUAAAAUCCAGUUAAAAAAUAUUUCGUUAUUUAAAAAAAAAUUGGGUCAUAAUUAAGACGCGUAAUAAUUAGUAGGUAGCAGGAAAUGAAAGUUUGUAUUUUUAGAGCGUAUUUUUAACUUGAUUUCAACUAUUUCACGUUUUUUAAAUGUUUAAUUUGAUUUUACAUAUUUAUUGUUGUGUAACUUUUUAAAUCGUUAUAUAUCAUAAUAAUUAAAUGUGAGUCGUGUGUUAAAUGUUAUAUGAAUUUGUAUUUUUUAGGUAAAUUUAUAUAUUAUUCGUAUUUCUAUGUACGAAAGCGCGAUAUUUGAAACGAAAUUGUAAUUGCACCGAUCUGCAACUUAAUACAUAUCUCGGUUAAUUAUAGAAAAGUUAAGAUAUUUAAUUAGUCUUUUCGUGUAUUUAAUUUUAAGACAGCACUUGU